AUGUUGCCUGUGGUAGCCGGGCUGCUGCUGGCCGUGGCCGCGGGCGGCCGGGCGGCGGCGGCAGGGGACGCGGGGGAGAGCCCGCCGGGCAGCCGCUUCGUGUGCACCUCGCUGCCGCUGGACGCCGCCGGCGCGGGCUGCCCGGUGCCCAUGCAGGGCGGCGCGCUGCCCCCCGAGGAGGAGCUCAGAGCCACGGUGCUGCAGCUGCGGGAGACCGUGCUGCAGCAGAAGGAGACCAUCGGGAGCCAGCGGGAGGCCAUCCGCGAGCUCACGGGCAAGCUGAGCCGCUGCGAGAGCGCCGCCGGCCCCGACGGCAAGGCCGCCACGGCGGCCUGGAGGAAGGAGCUGGGCAAGGGCAAGGACACCAUGGGCGACCUGCCGCGGGACCCGGCGCAGGUCGUCGAGCAGCUGAGCCGCACCAUGCAGACGCUGAAGGACCGCCUGGAGAGCCUGGAGCACCAACUACGAGCCAACGUGUCCUAUGCAGCACUGCCUACUGAGCUUCGAGAGAUGCUACAGAGGAGGCUUGGGGACCUGGAGCGCCAGCUCCUGAGCAGAGUGGCUGAGCUUGAGGAUGAAAAAUCUUUGCUUCACAAUGAGACAUCAGCCCACCGGCAAAAGACAGAGACAGCCUUGAAUGCAUUGCUAGAAAGAGUGUCCGAAUUAGAAAAAGGUAACAGUGCAUUUAAAUCACCUGAUGAAUUCAAAGUGUCUCUUCCUCUUCGCACAAACUACUUAUAUGGGAAGAUCAAGAAGACUCUGCCAGAGCUAUAUGCUUUUACUGUGUGUUUGUGGUUGAGAUCAAGUGCUUCUCCUGGAAUUGGCACUCCAUUCUCAUAUGCUGUUCCUGGACAGGCUAAUGAAAUUGUCCUCAUAGAAUGGGGGAAUAACCCAAUUGAACUUCUAAUUAAUGAUAAGGUUGCCCAGCUCCCCCUCUUUGUUAGUGAUGGCAAAUGGCAUCAUAUCUGUGUAACGUGGACAACCAGAGAUGGCAUGUGGGAGGCUUUUCAGGAUGGAGAGAAGCUUGGCACUGGAGAGAAUCUAGCUCCUUGGCAUCCAAUUAAACCUGGAGGUGUCCUGAUCCUUGGUCAGGAGCAGGAUACAGUGGGAGGAAGAUUUGAUGCAACUCAAGCCUUUGUUGGAGAGAUGAGCCAAUUUAAUAUAUGGGACAGGGUCUUAAAAGCUGAAGACAUCAUGAAUAUUUCCAACUGCUCCACCAACAUGCCUGGCAACAUCAUACCCUGGGUUGAUAAUAACGUUGAUGUGUUUGGAGGUGCAACUAAGUGGCCUGUGGAGACAUGUGAAGAGCGCUUGCUAGAUUUAUAGCUACAAUCGUUUCCCAUUAAAGUGCCCCGUUUUAGUAGGACAAUCUUUUGUGCAAUCUAAAGCACUUACUAUUAUUUUUUCUCUCUCUGCCCUUCCCUAACUCCUCAGAAGCAUAAAGAAAAGCUGAGCAAACUUGCCUGGCUGCAAAGACAGCUGGUGGUUUGGGGCACUGAACCUCAAAAUGAAAGAAGCACCUCUUGGCUAGAGCAGCUGUUACUUUCUUAUAACCUGAUCCAAAACAUGCUUUGGUCUGCAAGAGCCUUUAGGGUUAGGUGCUGGUUUAGUAUAUCAGUUCUCCUGACAGGCAGGGAGUAGCCUUGCACACACUAACUCUAGUAUUCCUUUUGAUAACAUGCAGUGCUGACAAAGCAUUAAGAAUAACAGGCUAAAUGUGGAUCCCUCCCUCCCUUCUAUCCUUCCCCCCUCCUUUGAAUUCAAGCAACACUUUUUUAGCCCUUUUUUAAGGAAAUUAUGUAAUCUUUACACUACAGCGAUUAUGACUCAACCAUGGAUAGAGCAGAACAGCUGCUAUCUGGAGUACAAUGAUCUUGCUUUUUAAUUUACAAAUUAGAAAUUCUUGUUUCAUGACAGAGAGGCAAUAUAUUUGAUGUAAAUGCUAUUCUAGUUAGAGAAAGGGCUGGAUUCCCUGCUUGUGUAAUCAGCAUAGCUCAGCUGAAAUCAAGAGGUGCUUCAGGUGAGGCUUGGUCCCAAAGCCUGUCUUUCCCUAGGCAGGAUCCCUGUAUAGGUGGAUGGAUGAAUGAUUUUAUUUAUAUUUUCUGUAAGCUGAAUGUACUGAAAUUGUGGUGACCUGACUUGUAGAAUUUUCUCUAUUGUUUCUUUUGCUUUAGUCCAUGUCUUUUCUCUCUCUCUGUCUUUUUUUGUUUUUUUUUUUUUUUUUGGUAUACAAGCUGUGACUAAGUGAAUUUCAGUUUUGUUUUGCUUUGAAAGGCCUUUUUAUGAGCAAGUGCCAAAGUUCAGUUUCUGCUUGCUGAGAAUCACUAUAUAUUUUUUCCAACCUAAGUCUUCUACAAUGUUUUCUAUGUUACAAUGGUCCUAUGUAAUAUGAAAAUGUGCUGUUUUUCAAUUCUUGUUGAUUGUCUCUUCUGUAAGCACUGGGCUGACUACUAUAUUUUUAUCUUUUUUUUGUUUUCUCAAUAUUUUGCAAAUGAUGUUGCUAUUCUCUUGGCAUUGAUGUGACUACUUGGUUUGUGGCUUGCAGAUAGCAAAUGCACUGUACUGGGAAAGAGUAAAUUAUUUUAAAGAAAAAGGAUUUAAAAAGGGGUUGGGGGAAUUUAUAGAGCUAAAUAUCAUAUUUUAUUUUUCAUAUGUUUUGAAUUGUAAGAAUAAUAUGGUGACAGUUCCAUUUGUAGGAUAAAAUUACAUAUUUCCAUUAAUAUGUAGUAUGCUGUUCUUAAAAGAAAAUUCUUAUAAUGAACUUUUAAUUAAAA